UGUUUGGUCGAUUUAGUGUUUGUUUGUUUUUUGACACUUGCAUCUUGCAUCUUAUUUUGUGUCUCUUUUUGGUUGUUUUAGUGUCUGUUUAUUUGUGUGAUUGACUUUCCAACAGAAAAUGUCAACAGUCACUUCAUUCAGAGGCUCUGAAUGCCAGUGCAGUUCACUUUUGUGCCAGCAGAGGACUCUGAAGCAUUCAUGACCACUACUGUCCCCACCCAGACGAUCCUAGUGUUGAACUUAAGGAGUCAGUUCAUCCAGGAUAUCAAGGUUACAUAACAUUUGAUCACUUUCCUAAACUGGAAUCAAGGCAUGCAGGCCGACCAGUGCACUGGCCUUCAGGUCUUCCUGGUUUGCCACAGCUUCGAAGGUGGCGCCAGCUCUGGUAUCAGCAAGAAGUCCAAGCUGGAGGUCUCCAUCUACCCAGCUCCCCAGGUGUCCACCGCUGUGGUGGAGCCCUACCACUCCACCCUGACCACCCACCCCACCAUAGAGCACUCUGACUGCGCCUUCAUGGUAGAUAAUGAGACCAUCUACGAUAUCUGCUUUAAAACAGCCAGUCAGAUGGACGAAAUGUGACCAUCGUGCUUGCUGCCUGCUGUUCUGUAAUGAUGCAGUGCUCAAAAAUGUCAAUGCCGCCAUUGACCACUAGUUUGAUAUGAUGUCGGGGAAGGCGGAGAUAGAGCUCUGUAUGAGGAGGUUGGAGUUUACUCAGCUGAGAGGGAGAGAGAGGAUGAGGAAGGAGAGGAGUCGACCUACAAAGUAAUUGGGAUAUCCAUGAGCAUCAUUUUUUACAUAUUUGCAGGCACAAGUGUAAUGUAGUGCUGUAUAACAUUUGGGUUGUUCCCUGUAACUGUUUACUAGUGUAGGUUAUCUAUAUAUUUAACGGCACGUAAAUAAAUUUCAUAAAUUAAGUUCAAAUAGUGUUUAAAUAGUGUAAAUAGCAUUUUUAUUUCUUUGAUCUGUUGAUAUAAAUAAACCAUUAUUCUCAUCAAUCUGAUUUCUAACUAAUGACAAUGGAAAAAGGAACGAUGUCUUAGUAAAUGGUGACCUCUGGUGAUGGGAGAGGUUUGGAAGUGAGACAAAUGUUGGCACCACAAUGCUUCAUACACCAGGAAGAGGUGGUGAUUGCAAGUAAAAAUAGAUUUCAAAUGAAAAAAAGUAUUUUAAGAAGGUUACUGACAGUUUAAUUAAGUGUAAUAAAUGUAAAUUUAUUUUUGGAAAGACAAUGAGACUCAGGAACACAUGUUUUAGAUCUUUAAUGUCAUCUAAACCUUCGACAAAACGCUUUAUAUCUAAGAUAGUUGGCCACCAAAGCAGUAAUUUCAAAUUUGAGUUUUUCCUGUAGAACAAAGGACUGGAGUGUUAGUGUAGGUUACUCCAAAGACAUCUCAGAUCAUGGGGAAAAAGAUUAUCAGGUAUGAUGAGACAAAAACUGAACUCUUGGCAGAACUCCAAACACUGCCAGGCAAACACCAGGCACUCCUCAUGACUCGGCUAAUACCAUUCCUACAGUGAAUUUAUUUUUAAUAAAUUUGCAAACACGU